UGAAUGAUCCCAACUAAUUUUGUCUCCUUCCUGGACUGGACUGCCAUUUUUUAAGACAUGUAUUUCUAUUGUUAGAGCGGCCACUUGAGUAUCUGGUCAGUAUAAUGGAUCAUCUGUGACCGUGCGUCCGCUCUGGUGCAAACCAAGACGAAGAAAGUUGGGGAAAGAUGCACGAAGAGGAUGGCGGAGAGGAGAUCUCUACACGAGACCUACCGAUUCUGGCCUCCAAUUCGGUGGACGAAGGCGAACCCGAAUCGCCGAAGGACCCGGUCGCGAAACUAUGCGGUUAUUUGACUAAACUCGCUGGAAAAGGGCCGCUGCGCGGGUUUAAACUCCGCUGGUUUGUGUACGACGAGAGGAAAUGUUAUCUGUAUUACUUCAAGACUCCCCAAGACGCCUUGCCGCUGGGGCACAUAGCGAUAGGCGAAGCCAGCUUCAGCUAUGAUGUGGAGGGGGAUGAGGGGCAGUUUGAGAUUCGCACCGCGGGCAAGGAGUUUCUACUCAAGGCCCCUAACCGCCAGGUGAUGCAGUACUGGCUCCAGCAGCUGCAGCAGAAGCGUUGGGAGUUCAGUAACACCAGAGGGUCUGGACAGAGGGACAGCUGGAUUUCUCCUACCCCUCACACUGGCCUGGUGGCCAAAGAUACAGAUGUCUUUGUCUUUGAGAAGCCCAGUCACAGUGACAGCAUGGAUAGGGUACGCAGCGACUUCGCUAUGGAAACAGACACGGACGGACUGGUGGGUGUCCAAUCAGCACGAGGCCCCUCCCACCACCCCGCUAACCCCCUCAACUUCUCCAGCAAGCUGGGUCACUGGAGCACAGAGAUCAGGAACUCGAUGUCAGGUCUGCGUGUGGGGCGAGGAGGAGGAGGAGGAGAGAACAGACGCUCCGUCUUCUACACUGGGAACAGUGCUGAUGAGUGGGAGAUGUUGGACGCUCCCACAACCAAGGACAUCAACCAGGACCACAAACCUCCCAUCCAGCCUCAGACUGACACACACAGACAUUCCAUUGGUUCUCCGUUCACAUUUGACUUCGGGCGGAGCAGCAGUUCGUCGUUGCGGCCCAAGCGGCCCACUCUGCGGGACAUAAUGGGUUCAGGGAGGUUAGGACGCAAUGCAGAGAGCUCUUCCCCCUCCUCUCAGACCACGUCCCCAGUGGAGUGUAACGGCAGCAGGACCAAUGAGCUGCAGCUCCGACUCCAGGGCCAGGAACAGGAACUGACACGCCUCCACGAGGAGAACAACAACCUGACUGAAGAGUUAACCUCCCAGAAGGAGCUGGUCAGACUGCUUCAGCAGACAUUGAGGAGCACCCAGAGGGAGAUACGACCAGCCCCACCAGCUCCAGUAUUAACUCCAGUACCUGCCUCACCUCCAGCCUUAGGACCAGGAGCUGCCCAAGCCUCAGGACCAACCUCGGGGCCAGCCCCAGCCCCAGGGUUCCCACAGUCGGCCUCAGGACCAACCUCGGGGUCAGCCCCAGCCCCAGGACCAACCUCAGGGUCAGCCCCAGCCUCAGGACCAACCUCAGGGUCAGCCCCAGCCCCAGGGUUCCCACAGUCGGACAUAGCCCAGAUGGAAGCCCUCCUCCUGGAGAGGGAGGGCCAGGUCCAGGCCCUGUGUUGCAAGAUGGAGCGUCUAGCACUGGAGAAGGAGAGUCUACAGAGGGAGCUGAAAGGACUGAAGGCCAAGGUAGGAGAGAGACAGGCUAAACUGUGUCAGGUUGAGAGUAAGUACCUGGUGCUGCUUCAGGACCUGAAGAACCCAGUGUGUUCCUCUUCAGACCAUAAUCCUGCCAGGGAGGUCAUCUCUAGACUGUUGGAGGAUGCACUGGACAACACUGACCCUACGGGACACGCCAUCUUUAAACCACACCCUGUCAGUGAGUAUGAUGUGUUUGGCUUCAAAACCGUUCCAGAGGAGGAUGAUGAAGAGGAGAAGCUGGUAGCCAAGGUGAGGGCUCUGGACCUGCGCUCCCUCUCCCUAACAGACCCUGAGGUGUCAGUGGGGGUGAAGUGGGAGAACUAUCUCUCCUCUACUAUGAACAGAGACAUGGUGCACUGCCCCGAACUCAAAGCCCUCAUGAGGAGCGGCGUGCCUCACGUCCACCGCUCCAAGGUGUGGCGCUGGUGCGUAUCCUACCACACCAGGAAGUUCCGUGACAGCCUGGCUCCAAACUACUACGAGACCUUACUGGGUGUGGCCAGAGACAAGCCUAAUCCCGCCUCCAAACAGAUAGAGCUUGACCUGCUGAGGACCUUGCCUAACAACAAACACUACUCCUCCCCCGGCGCCGACGGAAUACAGAAACUACGUAAUGUCCUGCUUGCCUUCUCCUGGAGGAACCCUGACAUAGGAUACUGCCAGGGACUCAACAGGCUGGCGGCCAUAGCUCUGCUGUACCUGGACCAGGAGGAUGCUUUCUGGUGUCUCAUCACUAUCGUUGAGGUCUUUAUGCCCCAGGACUACUACACCAAGACCCUGCUGGGAUCACAGGUGGACCAGCGUGUUUUUAAGGACCUGCUGAGUGAGAAGCUGCCCAGACUCCACGCCCACUUUGACCUCUACAAGGUCGACUCCUCCCUCAUUACCUUCAACUGGUUCCUGGUCCUCUUCGUAGACUCGGUGAACUCUGACCUCCUCUUCAAGAUCUGGGAUGCCUUCCUGUACGAGGGACCCAAGAUCAUCUUCCGCUUCGCCCUCGCGCUCUUCAAGUACAAGGAGGAAGAGUUUCUGAAGCUCCAGGACUCCAUGGCCAUCUUCAAGUACCUCCGCUAUUUCACUAUAACUGUCCUGGACUGGAGGAAGUUGAUGAGCCUAGCGUUUGUGGACAUGAAUCCGUUCCCCCUGAGACAGAUCCAGAACCGCAGGACCUUCCAUCUGGAGAAGGUUAGACUAGAGCUGACAGAGCUUGAGGCCAUCAGACAAACCUUCCUCAGAGAGAGAGACACACACACCGACGCACGCGCGCUGUGUAGCGACGAUGAGGAGGACAACUAGCCAAUCAGGGCCCAGGCCAACUAGCGCAUCAGUAGAGAGACUGACCACGGCCCCCGACGCAUUCACGCUUUGUAGCGACAACUAGCACACAGCCUGUCAGGGUGCAGUGCCUGCAGACUCCAGCCAAUCAGGAUCCAGGUCUGUGUGAUUCUAUCGUAUCACCUGCUGACUCCAGCCAAUCAGGACCCUAGCCUGGCUGUCCCGCCCACCUUCAGACCAAACAGACGCUAUCAUGAGUAAUGACCCACCAUGAUGACCAGUGAUAUCUCCACAUACUCCCCACUCUCUGCAACGCUGGACCUGUCUCCUCCACAUACUCCCCACUCUCUGCAAUGCUGGACCUGUCCCCUCGAUGUUCUCCACAUACUCCCCACUCUCUGCAAUGCUGGACCUGUCACCUCCACAUACUCCCCACUCUCUGCAAUGCUGGACCUGUCACCUCCACAUACUCCCCACUCUCUGCAACGCUGGACCUGUCUCCUCCACAUACUCCCCACUCUCUGCAAUGCUGGACCUGUCCCCUCGAUGUUCUCCACAUACUCCCCACUCUCUGCAAUGCUGGACCUGUCACCUCCACAUACUCCCCACUCUCUGCAAUGCUGGACCUGUCACCUCCACAUACUCCCCACUCUCUGCAACGCUGGACCUGUCUCCUCCACAUACUCCCCACUCUCUGCAAUGCUGGACCUGUCCCCUCGAUGUUCUCCACAUACUCCCCACUCUCUGCAGCGCUGAACCUGUCACCUCCACAUACUCCCCACUCUCUGCAAUGCUGGACCUGUCUCCUCCAUGUUCUCCACAUACUCCCCACUCUCUGCAACGCUGGACCUGUCACCUCCACAUACUCCCCACUCUCUGCAACGCUGGACCUGUCACCUCCACAUACUCCCCACUCUCUGCAACGCUGGACCUGUCACCUCCACAUACUCCCCACUCUCUGCAACGCUGGACCUGUCUCCUCCACAUACUCCCCACUCUCUGCAAUGCUGGACCUGUCCCCUCGAUGUUCUCCACAUACUCCCCACUCUCUGCAGCGCUGAACCUGUCACCUCCACAUACUCCCCACUCUCUGCAAUGCUGGACCUGUCUCCUCCAUGUUCUCCACAUA